AUGCCGCGCAACACUGGUCGUGUCGACAAGUGCUUUCUGCAGGUUGAUUUCCGCAAUGCCUUCAACACUGUUGAUCGUGCUGCGAUGCUUCUGCAGGUCCGCCUGCAUAUGCGGGGUCUCUCGCCAUGGGCGGAGUGUUGCUACGACCACCAUUCCCGGCUUCUCUUCCACCACUCCCCCCUCUCCUCGGAAGCUGGAGUCCAACAAUACAACCCACUCGGCCCUCUCUUGUUUGCGCUGGCCUUGCACCCGGCUCUCCAGGCCGCUGCGGCCGGCGGGCCUGAACUUGCCUUUGCUUUCCUGGAUGACAGUUACCUUACUGGCGGGUCCAAGCAGGUCGCUGCAGGCCUGGCCCGCCUUACCGCCGCCAGCCGCCAGGUUGGCCUCAAGCUCAACCCUAGCAACCAGCACGGCAGAUUCGACAUCAUAUAUAGAAACGAAUCGCUGUAUAGCGACGAAUGCCGUUAUAGCGACAAUUUAUAA